UAUAAUUUCUUGAGCCCGUGUUUUUGUAUUUUUUUUUUAUUUGCAAUUGUGUAUUGUAUAUAAUGGCUGACAAACAAUGUGUACAGAUGAUACAAACAAAUUUUUCAUUAUAUGGUUUAGUAUUGUCAAGGGAGCUCAGAGUAUCCCUCGCAAAGCAAUUAAUAAAAAUACCACAAGACGAACGUGAAUCUUGGCUCAGUCGCAUUAUAGAAUUGAUCCUGGCACAAAACUUGAAUGAUCCACAUGUUGAAGCCAAACAUAUAAAACUUGCUAUAGAAGAAUGCUUAGAGCCAAAUAAAUUAAAAGAUACAGAAACAGUAUUUAAUGUUAUAAACGGGUAUGAUAUACCAAAAAUAAAAUAUGACAUUUCAAAAAAGAAGUUUAUCAUUGAUAAUGAAAACUUAUAUUCUGAAACACAAUAUAAAUCGUUGGUUUUUAAACAUCGUUUUGAAAUGGCAUGGUACAAAACUUUAAGGCAUAAGCAAUUUCUAUCUUCUAAAUUUGAAAAACAACAAACAGAUAAAACGAAUUUAAUACCUAUUGAAUAUUUAUUGAGUGAGCUGAAAAUGGGAAAAGUAUGUGUAAUGGGUCUGAUAACGCAAUUAAUGGAGGAUCAAUAUUAUUUGGAAGAUACAAGUGGUACUGUCAAAGUUGAUUUUAGUGAUACAGAUUUUCAAGAUACUUUCAUCAUGGAAGGCUGUAUAGUGAUAGCUAAUGGUGUUUACAAGGAUGAUGUACUACAUAUAAAAAAUAUCAAUCUUCCACCAAUAGAGUCAUCAGAAAGUUUACGAUCAGAUUUUGGUGAUACAAAUAUAUUUGGUGGGCCACAUAAUGUAUCUUUAAAAAUGUCAGAAAAGUUGCAAGUUCAUCAAGAAAAUAAUCAAGAUGGAAUGAUAGUAUUCAUAGCAGAAUUAUGGUUGGAUAUUCCAAACGUUUUACAAAAAUUUAAAAUGAUAUUGGAAGGUUACAUGGAUUAUCCUCCUAUAGCUUUUGUAUUAUGUGGUCAUUUUUUAAGUUUCCCUGCAAAUAUAACGAGUGCACAAGUUUUAAUAACGGGUUUCAAAAAUUUAGUUGACAUAAUAAUACAAUAUACAAAUAUAAAGAAAUCUUCCAAAUUUGUUUUUGUACCUGGUCCGCACGAUUUAGGUUCUCCUAAAAUUUUACCAAAACCUCCUUUACCCAAAUGUAUUAUCGAAGAAGUCACUAAAAUGAUUCCAAAUGCUAUUUUUACCACAAAUCCAUGUAGAAUACAGUACUGUACAAAGGAGAUUGUGAUAUUAAGAGAAGAUAUGUUGACAAAAAUGUGUAGGAACGCGCUUCGUUUUCCGAAAGAAGAAAAUUUUUUUAAACAUUUUGCCGAGACCAUCAUCAGCCAAUCGCAUUUAACCCCUGUGCCUCUUCAAGUCGUUCCAAUAUAUUGGAAAUAUGACCACGCUCUACAGAUAUUUCCAACACCAGAUCUCAUUGUGAUCGCUGACAAUUUUGAAACAUACACGACGAAUCAUUCUGAUUGCUAUGUGAUAAAUCCAGGAAUGUUCUCAAAAAAUAAUUUUUCAUUUCAAGCUUACGUACCUGCCAUCAAUCAAAUUCAAGAUUGCCAGCUUCCAAGUGACACCGACGUUGCUUAAGUUGAUAGAUUUUACGUGAAAUAUAAAUUUUCUUGUAUGUAGACAAUUCGUAAAAUUACUGGAUGUUAAAAAUUAAUAUAAAUAAAUCUUUUAUCAUUUUAUAGAU